AUGUCACUUUUCCAUUUAUUUUCUAUUUAAAUCAGUACCAUCUUUUAUUUUAUAAUUAAAUUGGGUUUUAUUUAUUUUUUUAGCAAUCAAUGAUGUUCAACAUACGUUGAUUUUGUAAUCAACCUGACAAUCAUCUUCUUUCUUUUGUAUGUUUCCUUUAUUUGUGUUACCCUUCUAUGUGAAACAUAACUAACAUUGGUGAAGCUUGUAAAGAUAGGAAGGACACAAUUCCAUAGAGUGUGGCAUAUUUCAGCUUUAUUCCUAACAACUGUUAUUAAUCGCUUUCUCUUCACCCUGAUUUUGUAUUUAUUUUACAUUUUAUCGACCUCCACGUCUCUCUACGUAUUUCCUUGUCAAUUUCUGGUCUCACUUGCAUGCAAAUCUUUUUUUUCUCGUCUCUCUACCUCAAUUUUUGAUUCAACCUUAACUUAAUCUAACCUGUCCUGUGCUUUUUCAUCUCUUUAAUUUACCCAUUUUUUCUGCUAUUUUCUUUCAAUUUUCCCUUUUAUUUGUUUGCUUCAACACUCCAUUUUUUUCCGUCACUCUAUUACUGAUCUGUACUUGCUUAACCGUGCCGUUUCUUUUGGUGGGUUUGUCUUGGUUUACAGUUGUCAACUUCUACGUAUGCUACCUGCGUCUUACAUCUUCUAAUUGUGACUUUCUAUAUGUUACAAUUGUGUCGUUAAAUAUAUUUAGUGUAAAUACUCGUUUAAAGAGGAUUGAGGAUGGAUAAAGGUAUGUUGUCCUCCUCCUCUUCCCGUAAACUAUGUGAAUUAUCAUCAAGUUCCGAGAAUGGUGAAGAUACAACUGAACUUGAUUGUUUCCUUAAAUCGGGUACCAAAGAUUUGGAUACCGAGCUUUUUGGUAUUGGACAAUACGAUGAUUUUCACACAAUUGAUUGGCAACGGGACAUUGCACGAGACAGAAACAGACAUCGUUCUAUAGUCCGCAGAAAAAAGGAAUCGUUACUUGAAUCUUUCCGUUCUAAACAUGAUGCAUGGGCUGGCUGGCUGUGUGUUUCACUUGUUGGUAUCCUUGCUGGAAACGUUGCCGGAGUUAUCGAUAUUGGAGCCGGUUGGAUGAAAGAUCUUAAAGAUGGCAUCUGCCCAGAAGCUUUUUAUCUUAAUCGUGAACAAUGUUGUUGGUCAUCAAAUGACACUGUUUUAGAAAAUUAUAACUGUGCCCAAUGGAAAACAUGGCCACAAUUGUUGGGAAUCGCCAGAGCAAGUGGAUUUGGUUAUUCCUUUGUAUCUUAUAUCAUUUACAUCCUGUGGAGUGUUUUCUUCUCUGGGCUAGCUGCUCUUUUAGUGCAAACAUUUGCUCCUUAUGCCUGUGGGUCUGGUAUUCCUGAAAUUAAAACUAUUUUAUCUGGGUUCAUCAUUCGAGGAUAUUUGGGUAAAUGGACACUCAUUAUAAAAUCAAUUUGUUUAAUGUUAGUAACCGCAUCAGGUUUAAGUUUGGGUAAAGAAGGUCCUUUGGUUCACGUUUCAUGUUGCAUUGGAAAUUUCAUCAGCCAUUGGCCAUGUUUCUCCAAGUAUGGCAAAAAUGAAGCAAAAAAGAGAGAAAUCUUAUCGGCAGCUUCGGCUGCUGGUGUUUCGGUUGCUUUUGGUGCACCAAUUGGUGGAGUACUUUUCAGUUUAGAAGAGGUUUCCUAUUAUUUUCCUCUCAAAACUCUUUGGCGAUCAUUUUUUUGUGCUUUAAUAGCAGCUUUUGUUCUUCGUGGUAUCAACCCAUUUGGCAAUGAACAUCUAGUGAAGUUUUAUGUUGAUUAUACACGCCCCUGGGUUCUCUUUGAAUUGAUUCCAUUCAUUUUUCUUGGUAUAUGUGGUGGUGUCAUUGGAACUCUUUUUAUCAGGGCUAAUAUACGAUGGUGUAAACACCGAAAAGAGUCUAAAUUAGGACAAUAUCCAAUCGCAGAAGUUUUGGUUGUGGCUUUAGUUACAGCUAUGCUUUCUUUUCCAAAUGAAUUUACCCGUAUGGAUUCAUCAGAUCUCAUUCGUAUUUUGUUUUCACAAUGUGGAAUUGCAGAUGCUUCAGAUCUUUGUGAUUAUAAACGAAAUUUUACCAAUGUCAACAAAAAAUUAUCCAACAAUGCCGAGGCUGGUCCCGGUGUUUAUAAGUCUAUCUACUUACUCGUUCUUGCUUUGAUAUUUAAAUUGGUUAUCACAGUAUUUACUUUCGGUAUCAAAAUUCCAACCGGUCUUUUCAUUCCUUCCAUGUGUAUGGGUGCUAUCCUUGGCCGUGUUGUGGGUAUAGUUAUGGAACAGAUCGCUUUCCAAUAUCCAAAAUUAUGGAUAUUUGGUGGAGCCUGUUCAACUGGAAUUAAUUGCAUGACACCGGGCAUUUAUGCUAUGGUUGGUGCAGCAGCGUGCCUUGGGGGUGUUACCAGAAUGACAGUGUCGCUGGUUGUGAUAAUGUUUGAGCUAACUGGAAGUGUUAAUUUCAUUGUUCCUUUAAUGUCUGCUGUGAUGGCCUCCAAAUGGGUCGGUGAUGCGCUUGGUAAAGAGGGUAUUUAUGAUGCUCAUAUCAAUUUGAACGGGUAUCCAUUUUUGGACAGUAAAGAGGAGUUUUCCUACACUACGCUUGCAGCUGAUUGUAUGAAGCCAUUACGAAAUGAUCCACCUUUAGUUCUUCUAACGCAAGAUUCAAUGACAGUUGAUGAUUUAGAUAGUUUAUUACGAAAUUCACAUCAUAAUGGUUAUCCUGUAGUGGUUUCUCGCGAGUCACAAUAUUUGGUUGGUUUUGUGCUGCGAAAAGAUCUACAAAUAGCUUUAAUCAGUGCUAAGCGAACAACCGAACUCUAUGAAAAUACUCGAGUCUUUUUCAGCGGUAACACUGACAUCUUUCCUGGUGGUGAUGGUAUUCCUCAACCUCUUAAUUUAAAACGAAUCGUUGAUUUCGCUCCCAUUACAAUCACCGAUCAGACACCAAUGGAAACUGUUAUUGAUAUGUUUAGAAAACUUGGUCUUCGCCAAGUUUUAGUUACACAUAAUGGACGUCUCUUAGGAAUCAUUACAAAGAAAGAUGUUCUACGUCAUAUAAAACAAUUAUCUAAUGAGGAUCCUGAUUCAGUUCUUUUUAACUAACUGAAAUUUUGCAUCUCAAAGACAGUCCAUGCCUAAAUAUUAUGCUGUCGUUUAAAGUCACACAUUCAUCAAUUCUACUUCAAAUUAUUUAUGAUAAACUUUGGAGACAAAGGAAAUUCUAGAAAACCAUGACCAUUUAUGUUUCAAAAAUGCGAUCUUUUGGCCAGUAAAUAGAGAAAGUUGUAAAAUGUUGAUUUUUAUCAUCGAUUUGGCCAUGAAGAUGAUUUUGGAUAAUUAAAUGGAUUGACUACAAUUGGAUCUAAUUCCAAUUUCAAUCAUGGAACUUGAACUCAAUUACAUGUUAUUAAAUUGUUUAAACAAUUUAUUGUAAAAAUAUUGUAUUUUUUGUUAUUACAACAUCAACUCAAUCAUUUUAGCAUCUGUUCAGAAAAUUCGGUUUAAAAAGAUUCUAACUUAAAUUAUUGUUUCUCUUAAUCAACAUCAAGUAUUGUUUCAAAAAUACUAAUCAUGUACAUUGAAUUUUUUUGUCUCCUUGUAAAUCAUUCUUACUAUCAUUUAUAAAUAGAGUUGAGUUGAAAAGAAAGGAAAGAAAUGAACCAAAAUCAAUGAAAAUAAAUGCAUUGAUUCUUUU